GUCUCUUUCAUGUUGUGUUGCUGUUUCUCAAUAGAUAUGGCAUUCAAAACCAAAUUCUACGCUCUUGUGUUCACAGUCUUGGUGGUGGCCAUCGAACAAGCUUCUGGUUGCCAUGCAGAGCACAGGUGCUUUUAUCAAAAACCAUCUCCUGUGGAUAUUCAAAGCAGAAAGGUAUUAUUUGUCUCCAAGGAGGGCAUGUAUGGAGCGAGCAUUUUAAGUGGAAAGAAGUUGGCGAUUGGAGAUGGAGAGUUAAGGACAGUUCCCUCUGGACCAGACCCUUUGCACCAUAAUGGUGGUACCCCCAAGAAACCAAAAACUCCAUGACUAGCAAAACCUACCUCCAAUUAAUAUAAUGGAGAUCUACUAUAUAUAAGUACGUACCAAGAAAAAGCAGUUUGUUUAGCCCUCAGGAAAGACCUUUUGUUUUAAUUUCACCUGUUUCUGGGAGAGACUAAUAUGUCUUUGUGUGGUUGUGUUGUGUCAUGCAUGUAUAUAUUAUUUCCUGAUAGCUCUUAUUUUGCCUUC